CUCCAAAACUCGAUUGAUGAACGGGAACCAGCAUAAAUAAAUAUGUCAUCUCUCGCAACCCGCCGGUCACCAUGUUUGUCCUGACUCUUGGGAGGCCUUCGUUCUGGAGCACAGAGCCCUCCGGCAGCCCAUGGGGCUUUGGGAAACCACCCUGUGACUGAAGAGGUGGAGCCCGAGUAUGAGUCGGAGGAACGGUCCCUGCCUCUGGACUCCCAUCCCUCCCAGCGGCCCGGCACCAUGUGACCGCUAUAAGCACAGCUGCUGCGCUCACAGUGAUAGCAUCUACCUCCUGGGAGGUCGAGGGAAGAACCUGCUGAAUGACUUCUGGAAAUACAAUGUUGUGCGCAACGAGUGGGUAGAAUUGGACUGCAGCUGUGAUGAGGCCCCAGAAGAGGUGGAGGAGCACACCAUGGUGACCUAUCAGGGGCUGCUGUAUGUCUUUGGGGGGAUGAUAGAUUCAGGGUAUUCCGGGAGGAAGACCCCUCUCUGGCUAUAUGAUACAGAUAAAGAGCGGUGGCUGAACUGGGAAGGGAGGAACAUUAACUCUCAGAGCACGGCGCCGGUCAACAGGAAGGGGCACAGUGCUGUGGUGUUUGAGCCUGCCAUGUACAUCUAUGGGGGAUACAUUGACAUGAAAGGCUCAUCCCAGGAGUUCUGGAGAUUUGAUUUUGACACCAGGGCAUGGUCCAUGCUGGCCCCUGUGCAGGGUGAGGCCAGCCCCGGGCCCCGGCAUGGACACUCGGCCAUGACUUACCAGGACUGCAUGUACCUGUUUGGGGGGCUGAUGGGUCUGAGGGAGCAGAGUGACUUCUGGAGGUGGAGCUUCUCCAGCUGCUCCUGGAGCUCCAUCAAGUCUCUCUCCGGACCGUCCAAACUGGUGGGCCACUCAGCUGUGGGGUACAGGGACAAUAUGCUGGUGUUUGGCGGAGGAGGGACACAGAGCUCCCCAAGGAACAGCCUGUGGAGGUUCAGUUUUGCAGCUCAGGGCUGGGAGAGACUGGCUACACUUACUGGCAACUCCCCACCCUGUAAGAUUCACCACUGCAGCACUGGCCUGGGCCCCAGCUACCAACCCCAGGCCAGCACCCAUGGCCCUUUAGGGGAAGGGCACCUUGACAGACACCGGCACACCGGCGCCAAGCUCAGGCCCUUUAAGAACAAGUGCUUCCCCUCAGAGGGCGGCAUCGAGCUUGAGACUUUCUGUGUUGAGAACAAGCACAACUCUUCGGAGCACAGCGGCUCCUGUAACGGGCAGGCUGGCAGCAAGGCCCGGGGAAAGCAGCCGGCCCUGAGAGGGACCUGCCUCACCUUUGAAAACCAAGAGGCCUUCAGUAAAGGGUGGAACUGCGACAGUGACUCAGGGACAGAGGAGAGCAUGGCCCUUCACCUGCCAGACCUGUUGCUAGUCUUGGGGGGACGGCCUAUGGGCGGACACCCCGGGAUUUCUGUUUGGCAGCUGACACUGACUGACCUCUGA